CGGUUUCGCCGUAACUACGAAUCCGAAAUUGCAUCCCCACCACUUUCCACGCUCGAGUUUAUCCGCAUCGCUAUCUGUAUAUUUUUUUAAAAUACUUAUCCAAAUCCAUUUUUCUUUAAUUUCUUUUGUUGAAUUUUAUAUGUGCCACGUAACAUGAAAAAUGCAACGGCCAAUUCGAUAAAAGAGGUUAAAAAGUAUGGCUUUAAAAAUUUUGACAAAGCAAAAGCAGAAACAAAAUAUUCUAUUCAACCACAAAAAUAGGUAAAUUAUUUUACUACUAUAUAAAAUAAAAAGAAAACUGUUAAAGAGGCACAGUCCUUCACGGUUUGUUCUGUUUCGGUUUGAUUUGUUUGGAGUGGAGGAGCUUCACAAUUUGUUCUGUUUCGGUUUGAUUGAUUUGGAGUGGAAGAGCGUAGAGGGAUCAAUCACUCAAAAACAAGAAAACUGCUGCGGUGAUCGAAAGAGAGAGCAAUGGCGAGGCACGAAGAGGUUCCGAUUCCGAUUUACUCUUCGCUUGAACCGGUGUACGGUGAAGGAUCUCAGCUUGAAGAAGCUCAGCUUCGAUUCGAUAAAUUGAAGUCCAAGUUUCUUGAAGUCUUCGGUCACUCUCCCGAUGUAUUCGCUCGAUCUCCAGGGAGAGUGAACUUGAUUGGAGAACAUAUUGACUAUGAAGGAUACUCAGUGUUGCCGAUGGCAAUCCGGCAAGACACAAUCGUGGCUAUCCGAAAGCACGAUGAAGGGGAGGCUGAAAAGCUUCUCCGAAUUGCCAAUGUCAAUGAUAAGUACACUAUCUGUACUUAUCCUGCUGAUCCUAACCAGGAAAUUGACUUGAAGAAUCAUAGAUGGGGCCACUACUUCAUUUGUGGGUAUAAAGGUUAUUUCGAAUAUGCCAAGUCAAAAGGAGUGGAUGUUGGUGUGCCAGUUGGUCUUGAUGUUCUUAUUGAUGGAACAGUUCCUACUGGUUCUGGUCUAUCAAGCUCUGCAGCUUUUGUUUGCUCAUCUACAAUCGCUAUUAUGGGUGCUUUUGGUGUUAACUUCCCAAAGAAAGAAAUUGCCCAAGUUACAUGUGAUUGUGAACGGCACAUUGGAACACAAUCUGGUGGGAUGGACCAGGCGAUCUCCGUAAUGGCCAAAACUGGGUUUGCUGAGCUAAUAGAUUUCAAUCCUAUUCGUGCAACUGAUGUACAGCUCCCUGUUGGGGGAACAUUUGUGAUAGCCCAUUCAUUGGCAGAAUCUCAAAAAGCUGUUACAGCUGCUACAAAUUAUAAUAACAGAGUUGUUGAAUGUCGAUUGGCUGCUAUCGUGCUUGGAAUAAAGCUUGGAAUGAAACCACAAGAGGCAAUAAACAAAGUCAAAACUCUGUCUGAUGUUGAAGGGUUAUGUGUUCAAUUUGCCAGCGAUAGUGGUUCUAAUGAUCCUGUUCUUGCUGUCAAGGAAUUUUUAAAGGAGGAGCCAUAUACAGCUGAAGAAAUAGAGAAAAUCACUGAGGGGAAGCUUCCAUCAAUCUUGGGUGAUAACCCAACCUCUUUGGAUGUGUUAAAAGCAGCCAAGCACUUCAAGUUGCAUCAGAGAGCUGCUCACGUGUACUCUGAAGCAAAGCGGGUUCAUGCGUUUAAGGAUACUGUGGCAUCAAGCUUAAGUGAGGAGGAAAAGCUGAAGAAGCUUGGCGAUCUAAUGAAUGAAAGCCACUACAGCUGUAGUGUUCUCUAUGAAUGCAGCUGCCCAGAGUUGGAGGAACUGGUAAAAGUCUGCCGAGAUAACGGUGCUCUAGGAGCGAGGCUUACCGGAGCUGGAUGGGGUGGUUGUGCAGUGGCCCUAGUAAAAGAGAGUAUCGUACCCCAGUUCAUCCUCAAUUUGAAGGAACAAUUCUACCAAUCUAGGAUUGACACAGGCGUGAUCAACAAGAAUGACCUUGGUCUCUAUGUUUUUGCUUCAAAGCCGUCAAGUGGUGCCGCUAUUCUUAAAUUUUAGUCUGUUUUUUAACUUAGAAACAUUUUCAAACUUUACAUUUGAAGAGACCAUAUGACGCGUCUUAUGUCUACCUCCAAUCGAAUAAAAUUUGAUUGCCUCAACUGGAUGUUGCUGAUAAAAGUCAUAAAAACCCUUGGAGCUCAAGGAACCACAAAUUUCAGUAAAGUUUGAUUGUUUUGUCUAUGCUUUUGGACAAUAAGCAAACUCGAUUCGACCUCCUGUCUCUAAAUGGAUUUGAGAUGGACUGCAUGUAGAAAUAGAGAUUAAUUCAGUUGAGUCAUGAGU